AUGGUCCGGGAGAGUCAGGGGGAUUCGGACUACAGCAACAUGAACUCAGCCGUCAGCUCGGAGUCUAUGGAUUUGGCUGAGGAGGACAUGUCGCAAGUGGACGGGUGCGGGCUGAGCGGCGGCUCGGAGGACGAGGACGAGUGCGCGUCGUCGCCGGCCGGCUCGGCCUACGAGGACGCGGACGUCGCCAAGAGCGCCAUGAGCGACGAGGUCACCAAGCAGCUGGCGGCCGCCGGGCCAGUCGGCAUGGCCGCCGCUGCCGCUAUAGCGUCGUCGAAGAAACGUAAGCGACCCCAUUCCUUUGAAACAAAUCCAUCCGUCAGAAAGAGACACCAGAACAGACUGCUCAGGAAACUUAGACAAACGAUCGAGGAGUUCGCGACGCGCGUGGGGCAGCAGGCCGUGGUGCUGGUGGCGACGCCGGGCAAGCCCAACACGUCGUACCGCGUGUUCGGCGCCAAGCCGCUGGAGGACGUGGUGCGCAACCUGCGCUGCAUGAUCAUGGAGGAGCUGGAGAACGCGCUGGCGCAGCAGGCGCCGCCGCCGCCGCUGGACGACCCGUCGCUGUUCGAGCUGCCGCCGCUCAUCAUCGACGGCAUCCCCACGCCCGUGGAGAAGAUGACGCAGGCGCAGCUGCGCGCCUUCAUCCCGCUCAUGCUCAAGUACUCCAUGGUGCGCGGCAAGCCGGGCUGGGGCCGCGAGUCCACGCGGCCGCCGUGGUGGCCCAAGGACCUGCCGUGGGCCAACGUGCGCAUGGACGCGCGCUCCGAGGACGAGAAGCAGAAGAUGUCUUGGACGCACGCGCUGCGACAGAUCGUUAUCAACUGCUAUAAGUACCACGGGCGGGAAGACCUACUACCUGCCUUCACGGAGGAGGAUGACGAGAAGGCUAAUGCGCAACAGCAGGCCUCGUGCGCGGGCAGCUCGGGCUCGCCCGGCUCCUCGGGCGCCCCGAGCCGCUCCAACGUGGGCUCGGCCGUGCUCUCGUCGUCGCAAGUCUGCAUCGACCAGAUGACACUCGCCGACGUCGAUAUGUCGCAGUACGCGCCGGCCGUCCUUCAAACAAUCACCAACCCGGAUGGCUCGGUGUCGUUGAUCCAGGUGGACCCCAGCAACCACAUCAUAACGCUGCCAGAUGGGACCACUGCACAAGUGAUCCACAGCGGCGGCGAGGGCGCGGGCGUGGUGCAGGCGCUGGAGGGGGAGGGCGCGGUGGCCGUGGACCUCAACGCAGUGGCCGAGGCCACGCUCAACCACGACGGCCAGAUCAUACUCACCGGCGAGGACGGCCACGGCUACCCGGUGUCGGUGUCGGGCGUGAUCACGGUGCCCGUGUCGGCGUCGGUGUACCAGUCCAUGGUGGCGUCCAUGCAGCAGCAGGACGGCGUCUGCGUGGCGCCGCUGGUGCAGGUGGAACAGAACGGGGAAGCGCUGGAGGCUAUCUCGAUGGGCGGCGGGGUGGCGCAGGUGAUGCUGCAGGGCGGCGGUGAGGCGCAGGUGUUGCAGGUGCUCAGCCUCAAGGACGCCACCGUGCUCACCAAGGCCAUGCAAGUGAAGUCGGAGCGCGACGCAGUGGUGGCCGACUCCUAG